AUGCCAAAAUGCGGGGUGCUGAAGAAGUACACGAAUUUCAUGAACGGGUACCAGGAUCGGUAUUUCGAGAUUCGGAACGGCCGGAUCGCGUAUUUCUAUUCGAAGGCCGAUCGGGCGAAUUGCCGGGGGCAAUUCUCGAUGAAGAACGUUCUCGUUGAGGCUCACAUGGACAACAGCCGGGAUCUUAUCCUUCGCUUCCCGGGUGAUAUAGUGUGGUAUCUACAGGCAGAAGAUGCUGUCGCGAGAGAUCAAUGGCUCAAAGCACUCACCAAAGAACAUGUCGACUCGGAUUAUUCGAGUGCCUCUACAACCACGCAUACACAUUCAAGGAACCCGUCAAUAUCGUCGGCCACCGAGCUGAGGCUGCCCCUCGAAAAGGAGGCGAUCGUCGACUCGCGUCUCUCAGACCUCCAGGGCUACCGUGAUUUGAUUGCGGCCCGCUUGGGGGCCCUCGAAAAAGCGAUUGAAGUCGGCACCAACGUCGGCAAGGUAGAAGCCCUGGAGGUUCGAGCAACAAAACUGGCCGUUCUCUCAACGAUCGAUGAUAUCGUUGAAUUGUUACGCCGUGGUGGCCACACCCAAAUUGUCGAUUUUCCGACGCCCGCAUCACCGGAAACCACCGAGGAAACACCGAUGUCGGCCAGCAACGAAUCCAUCUCGACAUUCACACCAGCCCCUCCGCGACGCGUCAAAGAACACAAUACGGUGACUUUUGUGACAAGCGACGGCGAAGAGGAAUUCCAUGAUGCCGAUGAGCAUUCAUCACUUGGCAGUAUCGAAGAGGGAACCGAGGCCAGGGAAAGGGACUCUAGACCGAGCUCGGCCUGCCAGAACCGAGCUGAACCGCCUCAAGCCGUCGUUCAAGUCGUCGCCGCUCCAAAAAGGAAUCUGCCAUUCGGGUGUUUUGACCACGUUCAACUCCCCGGAAACUACGAACUACACGCCGAAGUGGAGGAGAUUACCAUGCAACAGCUACGAUACGCGAUGGAGGGGGUCGACAACUCGACGUGGACAUUAUUCGCUGAAGAUGGACAGAUGAAGAUGUUUAAGAGGGAAGUAGAGAUGGAUGGACUGCCCGUCGAUCCAUUGAAGGCAUUGCAUCAUGUCAAGGGAGUCUCAGCCCUUGAAUACAUGCACUACUUCUUCGACCCUCGCUACAAGAAGAAUUGGGAUCACACGCUGGAGGCAGUGUCUGUUCUCGACAAUCCCUCACCCGACACGGCCCUCCUGCAUCAGAGACACAAAACGAUCUGGCCGGCAGCUUCGCGAGAAUCGCUCUUUUGGACGCAUAUCCGGCGGGUUGACGCGAUGAAAAGCCCCGAUGCGGCCGAUCUGUAUAUCGUGUGCAAUAAGGAUGUGAUUAGAGAGGAUGUACCGCUGGGCACGUCGUCCUCAGUUCGCGUCAAGCUGACCGUGUCGAUGGUGUGCGAGACGUUGAUCGCUGGGAAUAAGCCCGCGGCCGACUGCACCCGUGCCGACGUAUCCUGUCGUAUUCUCUACGUUUCAUGCGUGCAUCCGGGUGGCUGGGUACCAACGGCAGCCCUUCGUACCGUCUACAAGAAGGAAUACCCCAAAUUCCUGCGAACAUUCACCGAAUUUGUACUGUCAAAUGUUAAGGAUAAGCCCCUGGCGAUG